AACCAGCCCCUCCCUUGUUAUUCCUUUGCAAAGUUUGCAUCCGGUUAGCUUGUUCUUUGAUCAAUGGCAACCAAAACCAGUUCUUGUUCCUCUUCUCUGAGUCUCUUCUCUUCUCCUUUGACUAUUGAUCAACUUAUUGAUGUACUUGAUCUGUUAAAGAGAUGUGGUUUCCCUCAGACAAGAUGGCAUGAGCUGGGACUGAGACUAGGACUACAUAAGGACACACUGGAUGUUUUGGAAGCAAUUUUUUCUAAAGAUGUAUCUCGCUGCUUGAUAGAGACUCUCUCCAAGUGGUUACGUAAAGCUGAUAAUGUUGACAGUAAAGGAGGAGCUACCUUUGACUCACUGUCAGAUGCUCUUAAAUCUAUGAAUGAGAAUGCUGCAGCUGACAAAUUAGAUCAAGAGAGUAAAAUUGCACUAAAUACACCUGUAGUUAGACCAGUUACCAGCAAUCAAUUACCUACUGCUAACACACCAGUAUCAGCUGGUGAGUUCUUUUUCAAUGCAGCAUAUCGGCCAGUUUUUAACGAGGUCAGAGGUCAUUUUGGAAUCCUUCGUGAUAAGAUA